AUGCUAUGGCCUGCUGCAGAUGUUUUCGGCGUGUGCCUAGCGACCAUGCUCACGAUGAGUGAGUUUCGGAGAAGACGUUUUUCUUUUUCGUAUCAUUUACAAACCCAACGAUGCAGUCCACUUUGGGUACUGCAAGAACGUCAUGCUAGGAAGGGGGAGGCUCUCUUCUCUGGAAUAGCGACUACACUGACUGUUCUUAACGGAGCGUUGGCAGAGCAGACGGGUCCUGUUUGUUCUCUUCUAUCCUCUUCGCUUGCUCCUUUGGGGAAAUGGGAAGUUGGGUUGACGAUGAACGGCGGGAUCCUUGACGAGGAAUGA